AAUCCCUCUUCUUCCCUUUCUUUCUUUCUCUUUCUUUCUUUCUUUUUCUUUCUUUCUUUCCUGCCUUGGGAUAGGCUAGGUUUGGUGGAAACCCAGCCUUGCUGGGUUUGUCGACCAGCCAAGGCUGGGUUCAUCGGAACCCAGCAGAUCUAGGUUUCUACGAACCCAGCAACCCAACAGAUCUAGGGUUAUUUUGAUUUGAUAAGAUCUGCCAGGUUUGAGGUUUCAAUGAAACCCAGUAGCUCAAGUUUCCCCGAGAAAAGAGAAGAAGAAGAAAUGGGUGGGUUAAGAUCGGUUUUGUAGAUGGAGUGGAGAUGAGAGAGCAUUCACGGAAGAAGAAGAAAUGGGUUAAGAUCGAUUUUGCAGAUGGAGUGGAGACGAGAGAGCAUUCAGAGAAUAAGAAGAAAUGGGUUAAGAUCGAUUUUGCAGAGGGUGAAGCUGAGAGACCAGUUUGCAGGCAACUGGGAUCCAUUGGAGGGGUUUGGCGUGAAGAAGAUGACAUGCCAUAAAAAAAAAAAAAAAGGUCCAGAUAAGCAUCUUUUAAAGUUGUGCUUGCCAUGUCAUAAAAAAAAUAUAAAAAAUGCCAUGUGGC